GUUGACCGGGAGAAGUGAUAAUGCUCAUCAAUGAUGUGCGAAUGUACACUUAGUAUUACAUUUGAGAGAAGCGCAUAAGCGGUCUGCUUUUUAAUCGGAAGUCCACUUGGAUCUAGCGAGCGUUACUGGAAGUGGAGCGGCAGCACUGGAAAUGUUUUUGGCGUUAAAGUCACGAAACCAUCGGCGAUUGUACUGUCGGUUUGCGCAUGCGCAUUUAGAGCCCCGGAGCCGCAGGAGAUCAGCGCUGGUAAGCCAAAUAUCAGUUCUUAAAAAAUGCAAACACGAAUUAAUAACCCAUUCAUAACUCCUGAAAUAGUAAAAGUAUAAAAGAGUGUUCAUUGGUUUUUAAUACUAUUUUAUAGCAACGUACGUCUAUUUGUGUGGGGUUGUUUAUUUUUCUUCAUUUUUUUUAUCCUUUGAGACAAACCGUUUUGCGUUAUGGAUGUGACCGUCCACUUUGCUUUUCAGUAUUUAGGGAUGUAUUUGAUUAUGAUAUUAGGUUGCUUUCAUAGCGGUAUUAUGUUUUUGUCAUAAAUACGCGGUUGCGCCGGGCUUACAAAAAAUCUAACACGCGUAACGUUCUCAAGAGCCUAAAAUAAUGCUCAUUCAUUAGGUAUUCCGACGAAAUUGGUGACAAGGUUCAUUUUUCUCCAAACGUGGUUUCCACGGGAGUUAAUGCAAUGUUUUUACACAUUUUUUUGCUUCAUGGAUUUCAGAUCCUCCGCCAUUUUAACUGAAAUGCUGUAUUUUAAUAUGUGUACGUGUGGACUUGGGAGCUUGUGCGUAAAUAUUGGUGUGUCACCAUUGUUGCCUCCCUAUAUUGAAGGUAAUGGAUGGUAGUUCAGAAGUCACCCUAGCUGUUUUUCUUUCAGUUGUAUACUAAACAUCGGUCUAUUGAAAUAUUAUAAUAGGCUACAUAAAAGUUCUGUGAAAACAUGAUUCUCUGUGGUACCUUUUGUGUAUUUGUAGUUUAUGUUAAGCAUAUAAUUAAGAACAAAAGUGGUACGAUUUUAACCAGCAUAACAACUGAACUACACAAAACAUUUGAAAGAAGGAAGGAUCCUGAAAUACUUUAUAAUAUAUCCUUUAGGAACCCCAUUAAUAAGGAUAAAUAAAUGUCACAGAAGUUUUUUUUUUUUUUUUUUUUUUUUUUUGUGAGGAUUCCCAGCAUAUUUGCACAAUUUAUUAAAGCUUUAAGUGUGUUGCCCUGUCUGUCACUUUUGAGGCUAGGUUCUAUUUUAAUAACCUUUUUUCCAACCAUUUGCUUCUUAGUGCUCCAGAACAAGAAACAGAUAUGAGUGCCAAAGUGAACAUGGAGGCUCCAUCCAAAGAACCUGACUGCACCUCUAUUGACCCAUUGCCCUCAUCUGCAAGCGAAACCAUCCUUAUCUGUGGCAGUGACAGUGUGGCUAAGAAGACUCGGCCACAGCCCCACACCACCACAGCUCUCCUUCUACCAGCUCCUGGACAUCAGAAAGUGGAGAUGACCCCAGUGGGAAAUCUAGGAAAUCUAGGAAAAGGAAGCAGGACCAAUGAAAUGACCACACCCGCCUUGACAGCACAGGUGGGCGGGGCUUGUAGCAUUGUCCAUGUCCUGGAGUGGAAGGACGGGAUGGCCAUCCUGCCCAGUAGCAACCUCAAGUUCUGUGUGAGUGACGUAGGAACUCUUAGCACACUCAUAACCCCAGGGACAACUGGAGGCACCACUGAACCAACAGCAGGGACUUCUGGGAAAUCCACUGACACAGAAAAUACUCCAGACAAGCCAGAAGUGUUAGCUCCUGUUGGCUCGAUGAGAGCUGCAGCUGUGGAUACAGAGAGGUUGGUGCCAGUCAAACCUGAAGUCCAAGUUGGACCAGGGCAGCAGAACCACAAUCCCAGAGCUCAGAAGAGCUACAAAGAGGAGCUACGCAGGGACCCCAUCACUGACAAGAGGAUUAUUGGGCUCGAGAAGGUGCCGGCAGGUGGAAGGGUCUCCUCCCUUAACCCCGACCAUCUGAAACCCAUGAGGAAGAGGAAAAGGAAGGAGUACCUGAGUCCAUCUGAAGAAGACUCCGACAUUGAGGGCACUGAUGAGAAAAUGGAGGAUUCUAAAGCCGAUAUCCGACACAUCAGAGGAGGUGGGGAUAGCAAGACAGAGCAGUGGACGUGGGCUCAGUAUCUGGAGGAAACCAAAGCUGUUGCUGCUCCCAACAAGCUUUUUCAAGAGUCGCAGAGAGUGCCGACAGUGAAGAACGGUUUUAAGCAGGGGAUGAAACUGGAAGGCAUCGACCCGCAGCAUCCAUCCAUGUACUUUGUCCUCACUGUGGCUGAGGUCUGUGGUUAUCGGCUGCGGCUUCAUUUUGACGGUUACUCUGACUGCCACGAUUUCUGGGUGAAUGCCAAUUCCCCUGAUAUCCACCCUGCAGGCUGGUGUGAGAGCACAGGACACAAACUGCACACUCCCAAAGGCUGUAAGGAGGAGGAGUUUACAUGGACCAACUAUCUGAGGAUGACUAAAGCUCAAGUGGCUCCAAAAGAACUGUUUGCCAGUCCUGGGAGGAUUGACGUGAAAUGUGGCUUCGACAUAGGAAUGAAGCUUGAGGCAGUCGAUCGCAUGAACCCAUCUCUCAUCUGUGUAGCAACCGUUACUGAUGUGGUGGACAAUCGCUUCCUUGUUCAUUUUGACAAUUGGGAUGACACGUAUGACUACUGGUGUGAUUCCAGCAGUCCAUACAUUCACCCCAUUGGUUGGUGCCAAGAGAGGAACCUCCCCCUAACACCACCCCAAGAUUAUCCAGACCAAGGCCAGUUCUCCUGGUCUCGGUACCUGGAAGAGACUGGUUCCAAGGCUGUGGUUUCUGAUGUUUUUAAAGUGAGGCCAGCCCACAGCUUCCAGCCUCAGAUGAAACUGGAGGCUGUGGACAAAAGAAGUCCUGGUCUGAUCAGGGUGGCCACGGUGGAGGACGUUGAGAUUCAUCGCAUUAAGGUCCAUUACGAUGGCUGGAGUCAUGUCUAUGAUGAGUGGAUGGACUCAGAUCACCCAGAUAUCCAUCCUACUGGCUGGUGUGACGCCACAGGUCAUCCGCUGAAAGUUCCUCCACGGGACACCAAAACACAGCAACCACAUGGUGUGAGGGAGCCUCCAGCUACAGGCCAGUCCACCUAUCCCUCUUCUGUUCCCUGCAAACCCAUCAGCCACCCCAGAACAAGCAAGUACAGCUUCCACAACAGGAAGUGUCCAACUCCAGGUUGUGAUGGUUCGGGUCAUGUGACCGGCCGUUUCACUGCCCAUCACUGCAUAUCUGGCUGUCCGUUGGCAGAGCGUAACCAGGGCAGGCUGAAGGCUGACCUGUCAGACUCAGAGUGCAAGAGAAACCUCUUCUUUGGCUCAAGGAAUAAGAAAACUCAUUACCGUGGAAGGAUUGGUCGUCCUCCCAAAUACAGAAAGAACCAGCAGAGAGACUACCAGAACAUGUCCUCAGAGGGGGUGUAUCCAUCACUGUUCAUGUCGGCCCUGAGUGGUCAGUCAGAUCGGACUCUGUCUCUGUGCUGGGAGCAGCACUGCAAGCUGCUUCCUGGUGUUCAGGGUAUUCACGCCAGCCAGGUGGCAACAUGGAGUGUUGAGGAGGUCUUCAGGUUUGUUCAGAAUUUGAUUGGCUGUGAAGAACAAGCUCGUCUCUUCAAAGAAGAGAUGAUUGAUGGGGAAGCUUUCCUGCUGCUGACCCAGACCGACAUUGUGAAAAUCAUGAGCAUCAAGCUAGGCCCCGCCCUUAAGAUCUCCAACGCCAUCCUCAUGUUCAAGACCACAGAUGAGGGACUCAAGUGAUCCCGUCCUCACUCACUGGGGUUUUGU